AUGGAGUGCAACAUCCUAGACGAAGACACAUUUAACAUCAAGAAGCCGAAUGGCAUAAGCAAAGAAAACAUCAUCGAGAAGAAUUAUUCAGAGGAUGACAAGAACACUUCGUGUUAUGUUAGUUACUCUUCUCCAAGUGAGGAGGAUUACCUAGACUUACAGUAUGCACGUGUUCACGACGAAACGGAUGAGUAUCAAAAUAUGAAGACCAAGACUAUGCAUAAUUCCUACGAGACAAGAAAAUACAGCAGCAACGAUAGCUCCGUUUUUACCCCUUGGAAGCGAGAUGCUUAUCACAAGGGAAAGGAAAGUUCAGUCGUCCAGGACACUGGGAACACCAGUAUGGGGGAUGUAAAGAAAAAGCCAAAUGGCUUAACAAAAGCACACAGUGAAAAAAAGGGCAACAGUGAAGAUAGCCAAAUAAAAUACGAUGAUAAGCAUAUUAUUACCAAUCAAAUGAACAAAAAGAGGGGAACACCUUCACAUUACAGCAUAAGUGAUGACGGCGAGUUAGUGCAGACGGGUACAAUCCAGGACAGUUGGAAGUUUGUAGAUAGACAAUCACUGCAUGCAGGAGGAUAUGCGUUCUAUCGUCCAUCCUCCAAAAAUGAUGACUAUGAUGGGCGCUCCGAUGCGCAAUGUGCCGAACAUGAUGAUAAUCACUACGACAUUUAUGAUGGAAUUUACGACGACUUUUGUGGGGAUUUCCACGAGGAUCUGCGCGACGAUUUUCAUGACGAUCUUCAUGAAGACCUGCGGGAGAGGAGGCACAGGCGGCAAGAAAAAGGGAAAUCUCAAGGGAAAGGUCAGCAGGGGGAAGAUCACCAAGGAAAAGCAACGGAACGAACGGUGAGAAAGGCCAAUCCAGUUGGGGUGAGAAGUGAAGAGGUACACUCCCUGGGUGAUGAAUCUGUUGAAGGCCCUCCUGCCAUUGUAACGAAUCAUAGUAAAAGAAACCCUAAGUACCCCCUGUCCACGGGUAGCACUAAUGUAAAAACCAGCAGUGAACAGAAUGAUCAAAUGAACGUAUUAAGUGCCAACAUAUACAACACCUGCCGAAGUUGGGACAAUGAUAAUUGUAAUGAUUACAAAAAUAUCGAUGAUGAUAACUGCAGUAGUGUUGACUGCGAAUAUUACGGUGAUGUGGUUUGUUCACUCAAUGUCAAUCGGGACGAUGGACUGGAAAGUAACUACACCUUUGAUGAGUCUAUGAAUGUUACUGCAAAAUUCAUAUGUGAUGGUGGCAAGGAGGACCAAGUUCUCUUUGUUCAUAACAACCUCAGCUGUAAUGAGGGAGAAUUAGUUGACCAAGCGGGAAAUAAUUCGACCCCCAAUAGAUCUCCUUAUUGUGAAACAGCCAUCCCCACCGUCGUUACCACAGAAGCCAUCCAUGAUACUGUUGUUGUGAAUGGCGUUCCUGGUGUAGCACGUUCCAAACGAGUAAGCAAAGGUAAAGACGCUGAAGGAAAGGCGCAUGGACACAGUGAGGAAAGUGGUAAGGGAGACGAAAGUUCUACGAGCUCGUGCUCCCCUUCACCUUAUACCUACCCACGUGAAGGCAACAACGCAUGUAGGAGUGGGAACCAGAACGGUAUAAAUGAAAGGGUAAAGGUACAUUUCUGCAAAGAUGGAAAAAUGGAGCUAAUGCUUAAGGAAGGAACAGUUACUUCACGCAACCAAUCAGGAAGGAGAAACAAAAUGAAGGAAAGCAGAGUUCCAUUAGAUGAAGCACCAGGAGACAGUACCAUCUCGAAAGAACAAGCAGAACAUAUUUCUACACGUCAGAAGAAGGUUCUUGGUUGUAAGAAUCCCCAAGGGGUAGAGAAAAAAAAAGGUCAGAUAAAUUUUGCACAAACAGUAACAUUUCCCAUUAUUGAGGAGAACCCAAAUGGAAGUGAAGAACUCACACAGAAUUGUGCCCCCAGUUAUGAUACAAAUUUUUCCAUUCUAAAAAAUGGUGGCCAAUCUGGAAUGGAAACUACCCACGGUGAAUACUGCAACGGUGAACGCACAUUGAGGUGUCUGAGUCAAGUUGGAGAAUCGAAUCAAUCGAGGGAGACGCUUCAUCCAGUUCAUUCCAUUCGCGUAGCAGAACAGGAGGUAAUAAGGAAGUGUUUUCCAAAGGAUACAACCAAAGAGGAAAAUGAAGCAGAAUGUGUACAGGAAAAAGAACAGAAUAGCGAAAAAACAGCAGUUAGUAAUGGCGAUAUUUCAAAUUCAAGCAGAAACAACGUUGACGAGGACCAGAGGAAGAAUCAACAAAACGUGUUAAGUGAUGGAAACUUACUAAAGCUAAUAUUGCACUGCUCCAAAAAAAAGAAUCCCAAGGCAGUCGGAAUGGAAGAUAAAAUAAUCGAAAAUUUUAUUAACACGCAGAAAAAGGCCUUUGGUUUUUAUUUACAAAAGAAUCUGACUAAUGUUUGUGCAAAGUGCAAAGUGAAGAUGCAGUUAUCAGGUUGUGUCUUCCUUUGCUUCGAGUGCAUGAUCAAACAAAUGGAUGGAAGGACAGAAAAGAAGAAGAACAUGUGGGAGCCUCCAAAUAUUGGGAAUAGCGAGUUAAAAAAAAUUAAUUCCUGCAUUUCUAACUUUUUCAACCAAGUGGAUAAAGUGGAAAAGGAAUUUGAGUUGACUGAUGAGUAUAUUGUGCACAUGUUUAGAGAAAUUAAAAAGUGUAAUUUGUGGAAGGAUGAUAAAAAUAUGUGCACAGUUUUCCUCAGCGUUUUUAAGGUCCCUGGAGGAAACGAUAAAAAUGAUGGCAAUUGUGAUGCCCAGAUUAAUCUGCCACAGGAAGAUUUUCUCAGAAAAAUUUUCAAAAACAAUUUUCAGAAAUUUAUGAGUCUGCAUAAAAAUGGCGAAGAGAUAAGCCAAAACACCACAAAUGAUGACAAGGCCAUUUAUGCGGAUAGUGGAUCUAGAACAACGCAAGUGCAAAGAUUUUGCAAUUUCCUGAAGAAUAGGAAAAUGGAGAAAAAGUUUAGUGAGGGAAGGAAGAAGCCCCACUUUAUUCGAAAACGGCACAUGGAAUUAGACGGAUUGCACCAAAUAAAAUGGAACAAAGUGCUCAAGCGUAUGUUCAAAUUAAGGCAUCUCAAUGAGACUUUGCGAAAUGUUGGUUCUUGCCAUUAUUAUUGUUUCCGUUCGGGGAAGACCUGGAGUGAAACCAAGAUUGUUUAUCAGGGAGAGGACAAGGGGAUCCAGGGAAAACGCAUUGCAAUUCGAAGACUGGUGCGAACUGGGAAGGGUAUCCCGAGGGGCAUAGGGGGAGGAAGACGAAACACCGCGUCCCUUCCCAUGCGGAGCGUGAUGGGUGAAGGAAUGAACGAUAAGGGAAUAAAAGAUGGACCAAUGGGAAACUACAGAAACAGGAGGAUGCUAGACGCCCCAGGAGUAUCAGCAGAAGAGGAUGAGCAAAUCCGCAUCAGCGAUGUGAGAAGAGCCCUCUACGACAGCCCUCUUGCGGGAAUGGCUCCCCAACCCAGACAGACCGCGAACGGAGAACAAAAUGGGAAUGGAAAGAAUGACAAUGAGAGCAAUCAGGGAGAAGGAGGAAAACGAUUUAAGAAAAAUGAACGAAAUGCUAAUGGCCGUGAAGGGAAUGGCCAUACUGAUAGGAGAAGAGGAUAUGCACCUGCGAGGGGGAAUGGUGGAGGUGACCGAACGGAUGAUGAUGACGAUGAUGAAAGUGAUUACCAGGGUGAGGGAGAAGACGACGAUGACCACGAUGAUGGUAGUGAUGAUGAAGAAGAUGACGAUAUGGAGGAAGACGAAAAAGAAGGCGAAGAAGAGAAAAGAAUAAACGACGAAAAAUCGAAGAAAACACGCAACGAUGGAAGUCCCGGUAGGAAUCGCCGAAAAAAGGAGCGAAAACGUGACGACGAAAGGGGCCGCAGAGAAGAGUGCCCCGGGAAAAAAGGAAAACGUAUGAGAAGGUGCAGUAAGAGAAAGAAGAAAAACAAAGUGCCAUCAAAUCGGGACUCCAAAAGUGAUGAAUACUCAGAUGUAACGAAUGAAGAUGUUUUAGACGAUUUUAUUAGCGACAUUAAGAAAGCCAACCGUAGCCACUACAGUGAGCAGAAGCUAAACCAAUGGGUGAGAGAAAAUAAAUUGAAGUGCUAUUUCCAUCUGCCCAGUAUAGUCACGCAAAAAGUAAUUCCACCUCUGAUUGUGCCACUGAACAAGAAGUCUACGAACUUAUUUUCAGAACUCAGAACCAAGGACUUCAUCAACAUAGAAAGUAUAGAUUAUUACAAAUUGUUUAUGAUGAAGAAGAGCAUCUGCGAGUUCCGUAGUGGCAACAAGUGCCUGGCGAACGUGGCUGAGGGGGGGAAGGGCGACCCCCAAGUUCUUGCCCGCAGGAAAUUCUUCCACAGCGACCGUAGCAGCAGUAGUAGCAGCGACAGCGAAGGUGCCAACCACGACCAACGCGACCAACGCGAUCAGCGUGAUCAACGUGAUGGAGUGAAUGUAAACGAAGGGACACGAAACGGCAGCAACAGACGAGCGACCAUUAACCACAAAAAGAACAACGAGCUAAUCGAGCUCUACAUCCCCAACUUUUGGAGAAGCAUAAAAAGUGUAAACGAAAUAAAAUCCGUCACCACGGGAAAUUCCGACGACUUCUACUUCAAACUGUUAGUACACCCAAGGGGAAAUUCAAACGAUGAUAAUUAUCUGUCCGUUUAUUUAGAAGUGAUAAAGCAGGAUUUCUAUCCGGCCGAGUGGGUGUUCCCAAAUGUGCGCUUCCAACUAACGGUGCAUAAUUUCAAAUCGAAGAAAAAUUCCAUUUCUUCAUGGGCUUACUGGUCCUUUACGAACAACUCCCUAUCGAGGGGAUGGCAGAAAAUGAUAAACCAUUCAAAAAUAAAUAAGUCCAUGGGAUUCUUGGAUGACACAGGUGGGCUCUUAAUAAAGGGUAAAGCGGAGAGGUCUUUCAAGGAGCUCUGGUCCAAGUGCAUUCAUCAUACCCCCAAGUAUAUUUGGAGUUAUAUUCCGGAGAAAAUUUACGAAAGCUUCGAACAUAACGAUUUACUGUUUCAGUUUCUGUUUCAGAAGGCCUACUUCAAAAAGUGUCAGUACGUGGGCGAUAAGGGCACGCGCCACGGUAGCGGAAGCAGCAGCGUUGGAAGCCAUGCUAGUAUCGAUAGUGGUGAAAAUUGCAGUAGCGGAGGCAAUGAUAAGGAGAUCGUCCACUGGGCGCGGACAUCCAAUAAUCGCGGGAAGGAAAUGCUCGGGUAUGCCAAGAACUACCUGCUGAAGAGAUAUGCCAUUGACAUUUACAACUUCUCCCUUUUCUGGACCCCCCAGUUUGUAAAAAAAUACCUUAACAGUUCGGAGAAUUCAGACAAAUGGAGAAGGUCCUUUCAUGACAGCGUAAGGAAGAUUAUUCGUAGAGAUGAUGGGGAGAUGCAAAUAAGUGGCCAUGUAGAAGUGGACAAUGACGAUGGGGAUGAUCGCGACGAUGGGGAUGAUCGUGAAGAUGGAGAUGACGUUAACCAAGAGUGCGCAGGGGAAUCACGAGAAAAUGAGGAAGACAAGCUCAAAGAAGAAAACAAAAGCACGCUAAGUCUCAUCAAGUCAGUGUACAGCAACAUGCAGGUGUACGAAGAGCUCGUGGCGAAGAACAAUCUGAAUGAACUCAAGAACAUAACUACGGAAGAGGCAGAUAAGAACGACAUAAGCAGCAAGGAGGAUCUCUCCAUAGACAACAGAAAGUACAUACUAUCCCUAACGAACUACAUCGUCCCCGUGGUGGAGUCCUAUAACGACAAUGACAAUCUGUCCAUCCUUGUAAACUGCCUGUACAACAUAGAGCUCUUUAAAAUUAUGGUCCUGAAAUAUAAGGCAAGUCUGUACAACCGAAUUUUCUCCAAGUAUCUAAAAAGUCGAAGGAAGGAAAAAAAAUUUAAAUUAAAUUAUGUGAUGAGAAAGUAUGGAAUUGACAAGGAUGACACCAAGAAGGAAAUCGUUGAAAAAAUAAAACAGUUUAAUACAGAAAAAAAAGAUAAUCAACUGAGUGAAGCAGAUUUAAGACACACCAUUUUGAGCAGUCUGGAGAUGAUCAACGAUAAGGUACAGAAAUUUCUCAUUCUUAUAGAUGAAAAAAUUUAUUACCUUAAUAAUGUGACUAGUCGUGAGAGAAACAAUGCAUAUGAGGAUGGAGAACCACGUGAUAAUGAGCCGAACGACAUGCAAAGCAUAUACUACAUACACUCUCUACACGGACCCAAGGAGCAAGAAAAUAACAAAUCACAACAAGUUGCUAAUAUUAACAUCUACAUCAGCUACAUCAACGGGAAAAUUAGUUACGCCAAUGAUUGCAUGUACAGCCAGGGUAUGGACAAGUAUAACAUAAAUUACCUUUGUAAUAUGAACAAAGUGAAAAUGAACGUACAUAGCAUUAACAAAAGUAUAGAACAAGUCAAUCUGAACAUUCAAAAACUUUUGGACUGUGCUCAUCAGGAAGAUGUGCCUUUCCCUGGGGACAGCAUUGCGGAAAGCGGAAGCGCUGGAGAAGGCGACUUAGUCAUUAUGGACUCUGCCAAGGGAGCCGGUUCUGCUUCUCACAUGACCGAUCAUGCGAAUCCACGAUUGAAUGGAGCCGUCGAGGAAUUCAUUAACGCCUUUCAAAUUGACCCAAAGGAAUGUUUCAAGGAGGACAGUCAGCCAACCCAACCGAAGGAAAGUAAAGAAGACCACGCGAAAGGAACGAGUGAGGCAUCCGAUGACGGCGCAAACAAAUGGGAACAAUAUCGCGUGAGAGACUAUAUAGACUUUUUGGAAAACGACUUUAUCGACGAUCCGAAUGAACUGAAAAAUCUGUCUUACCGAUACACAAGCGAUAUGAAAUCCUUUAGCAUGUUUGAGUUUUUUCGAAAAAACAACAAAAAUGUAAUAAUUGCCCUUCAGAGAAUUUUCAUUUGCAUGCAAUUGUACUCCCUAAUCCUGUGUGCCAAGAAAGGGAAGGAAGAUUUCCAAAAGGAUCAUUUUAACAAUUUCGAUAAGCUUUUCUAUAAGGAAAAGGGGAAUCUGGACUUUACGGGUUCUGCCGGUGAUCUGUGUGAAACCAGUUUGGGUAGCUCUGGUAGCGUUGCUAAUUCGACCAACACGUCGAUAACAAUGACGACCGAUCCAAACAGUGGGAAGAGAAAACAUCGUACCUGCGAGGAUCAGAAGAAUGAAGACCUCUCCGAAGGGAAGAAGAAAUAUUUGAGUAAAGAAAAUUCUGGCGAAGAGAAUUCGGAGAAAAGUUCCAAUUCGUUUUCUUUGUCCAACGAAAUGGAAGUGAAGGAUUCGCAUCUGAAUGGGAAGGAAAGUCAAAGUGCUAAUGGAAGUGACAGCAAGGUGGCAAUGGACACGGAAAUGGAUGCUGGAGUGGAUUCUGGAGUGGGUGCGCAGUUUCCGCACCAGAGAGGCAGAAGCAGUCAAGAGGAGGGAAGCGACAACCAGGAGUACAGUGGAGGAAAUCAAAUGAUAUGCAAAGAAAAAAAUGAAAACUCCCACAUACAUAAUUAUAAUAAUUGUAGGAGUAGCAGCAAUGACGAAUCUCAAGAGAAGGAUGCCCAAUAUUUUUCCAACUUAGCUUUACACAAAAAGAAUUGCCUGUACUAUUACAAGAAUAGCCUCUUUUACAAUACACAGUAUUCGGAGGAUGAGUGCAAUUUAACUCUCUCAGGAACGGAUCAGUCCAACAGAGGAAAAGCAAAUGGAAGCAAGAAACGAAUGAAAAAUACCGUACUUAAUGUGUACAACAAGAAUGAUAAUUAUUUACAUUUAUUUAAGCCCCUCAUACCGAGCAUAAAAAUUUUACUCUUUAGUCUUAACAAAAUCCUUUUUAAUCAGUACAGAUGUAAUGAACCCAUCACACGGAUCCACGAGCAGCUGUUCAAACGCAUUGUAUGUGAUGUAGUGAAGGACAAGGUGAAGCUCAAUAGGAAGAUUAAGAAGCUCAGGAGGCGCAUAGCUGAAAGUAACGGCGGUGACGUUGAGCCCUCUGAUCAGGACAAAGUUAGUGGCAACGCCGAUGGUAAUCGCAGCGAUAGCAAUAGAAGGCGAAAAUUGGAAAGGAGAGAAAACGAUUUGGUAGAAGAUUUAAAGGAUCUUAGGAUUUUCGAAAAAAUGUGCUACGAAUUGUUCAACUUGAAGAGCAAAACGGAGAGCGAAAACGAAAGCAGCGAUAACAAGAUGGAGGCGAGCGACUACAGUGAGAGAUCCAAUGUCCAGAGCGAGAAUGAAGUAUACCCCAAGUUUCAGAGGUAUCCAUCGAAGCAGGGGAACGAGGUGGAGGAAGGCGAUGAGGAAGGAAAGCAGGAGGUGAAACAGAUGAACCAACCCAAUCAGCCAAAACAGAUGAAUCAGCCAAAGCAAAUGAACCAAACCAAGCAAACCAAACACCAGAAAGAGGAACGAAUUAAUAACCUGUCCGUGGGUGAAAAAAGGCAAACAGGGACUGAAGCGGGAACUAACAUCAGUAAGGAUAGAAAAGGGACUCAGAAAAAUUACGAUACGGGAAAAAAAAAGAACGAAACGAAUUACAAAGAUGAUAAUGAUUCGUAUGACCAAAGCAACAACGGUAGCGACAAUUUUGAUGAAAAUAAGGAAGAAGAUUUUUUCAACCAAGGAAAGAAUAAAGACUCAGAUAAUUACGACAGCAAAGCGAACAAGAAUAAGAACAUCAACUCUUUAAUUUAUAACAUGAUAAAUAAAAAAAAAAUAAACUUUUACAAAAAUUACAUAAUUUGUGAGAAGGAUAUUUACAAGACCAUUGAAAAAUCAUCCUUCACGGAAAUUCCUUACGUUCUUUUCUUCUACAUGAACUGCUUCAAAAAUUUAAGGAGGGGGGAGCUCAUCGACAUUCCACUGUACUUGGACAUAUAUGAAGAUAUCGAGGAGGAGACGGAGAGGAGGGGUCAACACAAUGGCAAAGGAGAAAUGACUGGGCCGCACCGGAACGGAAGCAGUGGAAGUGCCAGUGCUAGUGGAAGUGUCAGCGGAAGUGCUAGUGGAAGUAAUAGUGGAAGCGCAAGUGGAAGUGGAAACAACCAUUAUAACAAGGAAGACAAGAGCAACUCCUUCUUUGGAAUAAAAAAAAAUGUACAUGCCAAGAGAAAAAAUGAUGAGUACAAUGAAUAUAUAAUUACAUAUCAUCUUUACGCACUUAUCAUUUCAGAAAACAAAGAUGUGAAUAACAACAUGUGUGGAAUCCCCAGUUACAACAAAUUAAGUGAUAUUGAAUUCAACGCAAACAACGACAUGAACAACACAUCUUACUCCUACCUCAUAUUGAGACCAUACAUUAAAGGACCAUGGUUUAAAAUUUACAAAAAUAGGAUAACCAAAUUGAGGCAGACAUAUGAAUUUAACGAAUGGAAAUGUCACAAGGAUUUCUACUGUUCCUGUUGCAUCUAUGUUAGUGAUAAUUAUUACGAUUUGAACAAUCAGCUUUGUCUCAAGCAGCUGAACAUUAAGAAUAUAAACUUUCCUCUCUAUAUCCACACCUUGCGGGAAUUUGACAUCGAGGAGAAGGAUAUUUUUGAGUUUAACAAGAGUGGCAAAGAGGACUUGUACGCACAACAUAGUGUCCAUGAUGACGAGGAAAUGGAUGAUCAGCUCAUUUAUGAGUUGCGCAAGGGGGCUGCUUCUCCCCUGCAGGCAGACGGGCAUGUCGGAAAAGACGAUGCAAACCAAACAGAUAAGGAACCAGAAAACAAAUCUGGUGAGCAUCCCGCUGAUGAAGUAGACAAGGAAACAGAGAUGAGAGAUUCCUCCACGGAUAACAAACAUAAUUUGGCAGAAGGGAUCCAAGAAGAGGGGGAAGGUUCCGUCCCCCUGAAAAACAAGCAACCAUCAAGCGAAGUGGCAACCGAUGUAAUGGACCAAAGGGAAAAAGUGCACGGAAGCGCAACGGAAUUAAAACUACAAAUAGUUACGCAAGAUGGAUACUUCAGAAACCCAGAGGAUGGGACCCUGGUCAAUAGAAGGAACGCAGAAAUGAUGAAAAUGCUUGUGGGUGAGGCAGACGACCCCAGCUUGAGAACCGCCAUAGAGGGAGGAAACCCAUAUAUAACAAACGAGAGAGACCUCAUACUGAACUCUCUAAAGGUUCACCAUAGGAUGAUGAUAAAUGUGAAGGACGAAUUGUUUGAGGAUGUAAUAAAAAUUGAGGACAACGAGCAUGCAGCAUACAAUUACACUAUCAAUGGAAAAGCCAAAAUGUGCAUCGUCCUUAACAAGAACAGGAGCAGGUUGAAAGAGAACAAGCACUUCUUCGACAUCAAGGGUAUAAUGAAAAGUUACGAAAAGUUCGAUGAUAAUCAUAAUUUAAAUUUGUUUAGCAAUAAUGUGUGCGAAAUGAACUUUGCGCAUAACUUGUCAAGAGGGUUCGUCAUUUCGAAUGGGUUCUUUACUUCGGAGGGCGCGUACUGGGCGAGCAACGAGGUGGCGCAGGAGCAGAGGAACGUCAGCGAUCCGAGGAACGACCCGAGUGGCAACUGCUUGGCUGAGAGGGGCGAUUCAAAUGUGCAGAUGCAGAGCGCGCAGAUGCAAAACGUACAGUUACAGAACGCACAGGCGCAGAUCACGCAGAUGCCAAAUGAACGGGGGGACCAGGACAACGGAGCGGAAAGACAAAGCAGUGCCAAGUCCGCCACUAGAAGCACGAAAAUUAACGUACUAAACGAUAUCCAAAAAUCCAAGGGGAAGUGUCACAUAAAGAAGGACUACCGAAACAGCCACCUGGUGAAUUAUCACAUAAACAACGGAAUGAUAAACGCAAACAACAUCAGCUACAUCAAAUGUUUCAUGCAGUUACAGAAUCUUUUCAAAAACAUGAAUUUGAAUAAUAACGAUUUUGUCAACAGUAGUAACAUGAAGUUUAGGAUAAACAGCCCCUUCAACAUUGAGCUGAAUAACAUAUUUUUCAAUUUCUAUAGAGAAAAAAUUAAUAUCAAUAACGUUAAAAAAAGCUACCUAGAUAACGAAGAGAAAUUAGAAUUACACAGCUAUUACUUGAAAACGUGUCUAAACAUUUUUAAAACUUUUUUUCAUGAAUACUUAUAUAUCAAUCUUACAAACCAUGCAGAACUUAAAAAGAAAAGGAAAAAUGUCUAUAAGAAUUUCUGUAUAGCUUUGUCGGAUAUAUUUUUUAACAACUUAAGUUUCAACACAGAUGAUGAUGAUGAAAAUUUCGAGCACUUACAAGGUGGUAUUGCUGUGUAUGAAUUUUAUGAAAGUAGAUUUAAAAAAUUAAAAAUUAUGUUGAAAAAAAUUUUCAUGUAUUUGAAUAUCAUCUGUAGAGUCAUUAAAUAUAUUCAAUUGAAGAAGGCUCUUUUCAGUGAGAACUUUGAUCUGCACACAUGUAAAAUGCACGAUGUCUUUUUCUUCAAUUAUCUCUACUUUUUUUACCAUAAGUAUUCCAAGAGUUGUAGCAAUACUUAUAUAAAAAAGUUGUGUGUACGUUAUGCUGUGAAGAAACGAGAAAUUGUUACCAAUUUGCGUCGGAAAAUCAACACUGCAAAAGAUGAGGACUUUUACUUCCUGGACGUGUACCAACGCCUCUUCGAGGGCGGCGUGCGCGGCACCACGUUGGGCCCGAUGCCCAGCAGUGAUGAAGACUCUAGGGAGGGAGCAGUUGAAGCAGUUGGAGCAGUGGGAACAGUCGGAAUGGAGAACCAAGUUAAUCCCGAUUGCACGACCAACGCUGCUACCCCAGUUAACAAGGUGAACAGGCUUAUGAACUUCUGCAAGUGCAUGGCGGAGGAGCAGAAGGAGGAUGUCUUCUUCGAAUCCACCAAGCACAAAGCUGACUGCGUUUUCCGCUACCUCACCUCCACGCUCCACGAAGAUGUACUCUUCCUGAAAAACAAAAAUAGGGAUUUUAACGAGAAGAUGAGCUACACGAAGAGCAAAACUUUCACCAAGGAAGAAAAAAUACUCACCCAGACAAGCAGCGAAAACGACAACCAAGAUAUAAACGAAUUCCUAAAUAUGGAUCAACCAAAGGAUGAAAAACAUUUGGAGUCAUUCUUUCUGCAAUUAUUACAGAGGAAAAGAAAAACGUGCAUUCUAUGCUACUGUGUAAGACGCUACUAUUUGCGUUUUCUAAAAAGACUGCAAAAGAAUCUAUCCUUCGAGGUGCUCGAUAAACAGAUAAACUUCAUCUUCGACAACAACUACCUUGAAAUCAUCAAAUUGUAUAAUAGACAGAAAAACAACUGCGACGGGGCUGCAGGUAACCAAUACGCUUGUCAGUUCGGUUAUCAUUGCGGUUAUCAUGGCGAUUAUCAAUGUGCCCACCAGGGUGGGCACCGAAAUAGCAGCAAUUUCCAUCCCAACUGCAAAUGUUCGAGCAUAUUCAGCUACAUAAAUAUCGACUCCAUCGAAGCCUGCAUCAUUUACCUCCUCCAAAGUAUCUGGAAAUAUUACCUCUGCGACAUUCUCUCCAUUCCUAAUGAAUUAGAACAAUUCUACGAUAAUUUGGCAAAGAAACACAAGAGGAAAAAAUACAAAAAUUCAAAGGAUGAAAAAAGCUGGAACUUUAUUAAGUAUCUGAAAGAGGAAAAAACAAACAACAUGAUAAACAAGUAUCUUUCCAACAAUGAGGAGAACAUGGAGGUGGUGUCCACCAAUGAGGAAAGCAAUGAGGAGAAAAUUGUACACAACAAUUUGCUCCUAACCAACUUCCAGUUUAUAGACAUCAGUGCUAUUAAGAGGAACAUCUCGGCGCAGUCAGGUGCAGAUGCAGACCAGAGGGGCCACGUCAACGAUGUUAGCCCCAACACUGUUAGCGCUAUCAACCAGGUUAGUGGCAACGCCAGGACAAGUAGCGAAGACCACCCAAGUAGUGAUAACUACGAGAACAAAAAGCAGAAGAGACACGCCAAAAAGAACAAGGAGGCAAAAGUUGAAAAGAAGAAGACACAUAAGAAUGAGAAAGUGGCAAGCGAUUUCUAUACUAUCGAUUUGAAUAUCCUAAGGGAGGAAGAGCUCAGUGCAUAUACGCAAUUCCCCAAUGGCACACUCACCCUCCUGAAGGUGCUGCAAGGGAAAUUGGAGAAUAGGGAUUUGAAGAAAUUGCUCAAGAAGUUUAACAUUAGGGGAAUUAAAGUGAAAAAUGGGUCGAGGGAGCACGGCAGGAGCAUUAUUGUGACGAAUGAGGUGGGGCCUGUAGGCGCAAGCGGUAGGAGUACAGCCCGGAAGGAAGAUGAGAGGGAGAAGAAGGAAAAGAAGGAAAGGAAGAAAGAAAAAGAAAGAAAGAAUGAGGAGAAGAAAGAUGAACGCGGAGAAGUGUGUUCUACCCCGCGAGAAGGAGAUACGCACGCAGAGAUUGACCUUCAUCAGGGAAAAGGAAGAAAAGGCAAAACGGAUGAAGAGAAAGCAAAGGGAAUUAAGGGGAUGAAGACAAAAGGAAACAAAGAAAUUACCUUACCCAACGCACUGGAGAGUAAUCUGGAGCAGGUCCUCACAGGAAGUAACAACGUGGACGAAAAUUUCAUCUCCAAUUUCUAUGUAAAUCUUAAGCUGUUGAAGGAUAAGCUGGAUAAUAACUACUCUGAAAAGAAUAACAGCGGAAAGGACAACGAUGCUAUUCAAGAAAAUGCGCUAACGAGCGCAAUCCAUAAAGUGAGUGAAACGAUGAAGAAAUACAACAUAAAUAAUAUAAAUGAGAUUAAGAGUGUACUGGUGAAGAACGGAUACGACAUACGAAAGUGCUACAACGGAAUCGACUUGAUUUUCUUGUUCCUUUCAAAAAUUAAGGGAGUCAAUGUGAGCUUUCUAAAUGGAAACAAUUUUAUCAACAAUAAAAAUGUGUAUGAAAUUUUGCUGCAAAAUUUUAAGACGAUAAAUUAUGAGAAUAUAGAGAAGGAUUUCUACUCACUAGAUUAUAUACUUUCCACUUUUGAAUACAUAGAUGAGAUGUAUAUAUAUCAGAGGUACAAAUCGUUUUUUCAUUUUACCGACCUUCUGUUUACAGUACAGAAUGUGGUGGACGAUAAUUCAGACAUAACACAGGAUUUGUUUACUCCCUUCUUUGAUGUUUUGAACAACUUAUUUUGUUACGGUAUUGGAUUGGUAGAUAACUUUAGUGAAAACUGUAAGGAGGUUAUUAAAAUAAAUAGUCUAGAAUAUUUCUUGGAACAUCUGCACAAAUGUAUUGGAUCCCUUUACAUCAUCGACAAGAAUUUCGAAUGUAGAAAGGAGUUGUUUGGAUUCAUUCAGUAUAACAGCUUUUUUUGGCAUGUCCUUUACAAGCAGUACAACUUUUUUUUAACUUACUAUGAUAUGAAGAAUCACUGCAAUAUUUUCAACGCCUUUUUAUUUCACUUUUUUAAUUACGCCUUUGAAUUUCCUCUGGACAAUUUCUUCAAAAUUGAGAAUAAACUAAGUGAAGAGAACAACGCACUGGUUCAUCGUUUGUUUGACAAAUUUCCCUUUUUGAAACCAGAAGAGAAGUUCCUCUUUUGCCUCAUUUUCCGCUUCCUCCUGCAGGAUAGGAAUCACUUCUAUAGCUAUUACUACAGUACAGAGUUGUCUCUCUUCAUUUUCAACGCCAUCAUUUCUUUGAAUAACUUUAGUCGCAAUUUGGAGCAGCCCUACAUGUUUUCUCGAGGGUUCACACCCCUCAACGGCUUGGAGGUCGACCCAUCCCUAUCGACGCCCAUUACAGAUGAGCUCAGCAAACGGAAGAAACAUUUUCAGAAUUUCCAUCUCAAUGAGGAGAACUUAAUACCGUUCAUUCAAAGAAAGGAAAAAGAACUUCUCAGUCUGGGGUCUAUAAUAAACAUGGAGGUGACUAACAGAGCCAUAUACUUUAACAACACCAUCAAUAUGUUGAAUUUUAUUUUCAAGGAUUAUAAGAAGAACAAAUUCGUGAACUAUGCAAAUUCCGAUGUGAACAACAGUUUGUUUUACUUGGCUUACAACUACCCUAUAAUUAACAUCAACCCGAAGCAACAGGAUCUUCUGACCUUGUACCUCAGGAGCAUAUAUACACACAAUGAGAACUUUAGAAAUAUUAAUAAUUUAGUUUAUAUAUAUAGCAAUUCCUUUUACAAUUUUCACAACUUAUUUUUCUUCCUGAACAAGAAGAACGAACUUUUCCUUUCGCUCUUCAAGCUGCGGUUUAAGGGGAAAGGGUCUCCCGAAAUGCGGAACUUUUUCUACGACGCAGGGGAAGAAGGACAAUGUCGCUCCGCGGGUAGGGUAACUGACCAGGCUAAUCGGGUAAAUGACCGCAAGACUUGCACGCGCACGAUUGAGAACUACGACGUAGCUAUACACAACUGCGUGAGCGAAGUGUUUUACCUGUACGACGACAUCGUGUACGACGUGAACGAGACGGAGAACAUCGACUACUACUUCCAGGGAGGAGAAGCUUACCUGAAUUUUGUGCGAGACAGAAACAUGGAAUAUUACCAGGAAAGGGAAAACCUCUUGUAUGAACAGAACGCGAGGGAUCGUAACGAAGCGAUCGAAGAUGUGGAGAGGCGUAUCGAAGAGGUGCUGCGCAGAGAACUAGUCACCACAGGCAAUAGACCGAAUGAAAUAAAUGGUGACGCAAUGAACAACGCGAAGGAUAACUCCAAUGUGAUGAAGAACAAAAAUACAAACAAGAAGAAGAAAAACGAAAAAAAUGAAAAUUUCCUUCACGAACCAGAGUUAGAAAGAGAUAUAAUGAAUAUAAAGUUCACGAAAAAAGAGUUCCUUGGAAAGAACCUGCCAUCCUUUUUUUAUUUUAGAUCACUUAUGUACAACCAUAAAAAUGUCACCAGUAGUAAGUCAUCUGAUGUGGUACAUGCAAAUUGUUCCUCCUCCAGUGCACCAAAGAAAUAUUUCUAUAUCUCGCUUCUCUUUAACAUUGACUUUUACAACAUCCGAGGAAUGCACAUUGAAAAUAAGUUGGUGUCGGAUCGAACUUUACUCAUUAAUAAAAUUUUGAAGGACAACAAGGGCAGGUUGCUAAACGUGAAGGUCUUCCACCUGUACAAUAUUUUCUCCAAGAUUAUUGAGCUUCACUAUGAGGGAAAGAACAACAACAACAGCAUUCGUAACAACAAUAUCAACAAGAGCAACACCAGCAACCGCAACAUGAGCAACGCUGAAGACAAGUUCAUCAAUGGACUGGAUUAUAAAACGGAUGAAGAUUUUUACUACAAGGUAAAGAUGAAUCCCGCGUACUUCUUCCUCUUGUAUGCUAUUAAGAACGAUUACGACAAGAAGAACAAGAACAAGCUGAUUUUUAUGAACGUGAAUUCUGAUGUAGAAAGUUAUGUUGAGGACAAGAAGGAUAGUACAUACAAGUUCGAUUUAAACAUUUUGCUAAUUCCCAUUUCUUCUCACAUUGUUUUGAGCAAGUACAAUGGCAAUAUCAACCUUUUCAACGACAACGACUAUCCGCUCAUUACGUUUAAGUUCCUCACGUCUACGUAUGACGUGGUCUGCAUAGGCAUGAUCAUCUGCUACUCGAAGCUGCUCCUCCAGGACUACAUCCUAAACUGGUUUAUCCCAAAAAUAAAGGAACGCAAAUUAAUCAAAGAGGAUCUAGAGAUAAAACUGGAGGAAAUCAACGUCUACGAAGAAUCCGAACUGUAUUGCCUGGAGAAAAUUAGAAAAUUCUCUUGCAGUAUUAAGAAGCUUUUGAAAAAAUACAACAACACCAUCGUGAUCCAACUUAAGAAAAAUCACAACAUGAAUAACGUCCACAUAAGGUGUAUAGAAAAUUUUAAACUUAACAAAACGAAUUUCUGCUCGACCUGCAAGAGCAAUUAUGUUUGCUUGUGCCAGAAGAUUAAAAAGGAAGAACUGAGAAAAAAAAUGAAUUACAUUAAGGGUCAAGAGAAAAUGAUCAAGGCUAUUAGGAACAACUGCGAGGUUAACCACGAAAAUUUCCUUGGGGAGGAUAACAAUAGGAAGCGCAGUCAAACUUUGCACUUGCGCAUUGGUGACAACGCAGGAAAGGUAAUAUCAGCCACAGGUAUACCAACGACAAACAUGACGAAUGAACUUACAUGGGACGACAACUUCAUGCAAACGUUAUACCAAAAUGAAGAACUCAUGGAAGAAAUGGAUGUCCUGGAAAAUUCUUAUCGAUCCACCAACAGUUCAGUCCUCUCUGUGUCCAGUGACAACAUAUCCAACUUCUCCGGAGACGACAAUUGUAUUUUGGACGAAAUGGAGAACACCACCAUUAUAUUUAAUAACGCCCUGUAUGAGGAUGAUGACCUUUUGAGAAAUGAAAAAAAAACACAGGAAAAAAAUGGCACAGGAGGGGGAGGAGGAGGUGUAGACCACUCUUAUGUCAAUCCCGUUGAGGGCAACAGAGGAAAAAGAGAUGUAGCAACGUGCAGCUUUGGAUGUACUGGUGUUGGAUGUGGCGGUGUAUGCAGUGGUGCCUGUGGCACUGGGCACAACGCGCUCUGCAGUGGUGUGUGUGGAGGCACUUGUGUUGGUACAUGUGGACCCACAUGUGGCUGCGCCUGUGCCACCAAUCCAGGUGAUAACGCCAUCGAACGCAACCUCCGAAAGAACAACGGAAAAAAUGAAAUCGAGGAAAUACUCCUACACGAAUUUGAUAAGUUGAGCACAGAACAUGUAAAGGACGUUUACACAAUACAGAAGAAGUUCGAAAAAUAUACAGAGGGUAUUUACAGCAAAAUGAUGAAUGAGCUAGCGAAGAAAAAGGAAGCCAGUAAAAAAGUUAAGGGGGAAGACGAACAUCAUGGAAAGGAUGUAUCCAAAGUGUCUGGACGAAGCAUUACCAAUGCAGUUAGUGAAAACAAGGAACAAAGUCAAAUAUUAGAGAAUCAGACGGAGAAAAAUUUGGAGGCAGAAAUUGUUAUGCUUACCCAGGUUCAGAAAGACAAAGCGGCACAGAUAUCCAAACUUGACACAGAUGACUUGAAGAUUUCUGUCGAGGCGUUGCCAAAGAAGGGAGAACAGAGUAAAGCCCAGGGGGAUAGUUCUUCCAUUCAAUCUGUUAGUAAUCUUAAACGCGGUGCUAAGACCAGUAAGGGUGAGAAAGGUGUGAGUAGUAACACCGCGGGGGGUAAGAAUAAGCGGAUCGUGGAAGACAGUACUGGUGCAAAUGGCCUCGUGGAGGUGGACACUUUAAUCCCGGAGAAGGAGGAGAAUGCAGACAAGGGAAGUAUAAAAGAGGGUGCGCAGCUGAAGGCUAGUCCGUCUGAUGAGCGAGGCGCGAAGAAAGUGGAAACCAUUAGUAAGAAGAAAAGCGGUAAGGUUAAAAGUGAUGAAGUGAAUGCAGGCGAGAACAAGGGUACAAAGAAGAAAGCGGACAAGGGAAUAAGCACCUUGAAGGAAGACGACGUCACGCCAAAGGACGCGAGGGAGAGCGAAGUGGAGGAAGAGAUGGACAAACCAAGUGGGAAGAGUGAAAGCGCUAGCGGAAAGAAGAAUCAGCAGGUCAAGGAGAAGAAGCAGAAAGGAGGCGACAAAAGGAAAGGAAAUAAGGAGGGAGAAACAAAGAAAGGGGAGACCAAGAAGGUGGAAGUGGCAGUGGAAGUGAAGAAGGUGGACGCUGAAACGGUUGAAGGCGCCCCGGGGGAAGCAGAAAAAGCAGAAACUCAAAUGGAAGAAGAUCAAAACGUGGAUGACGCUAUCAACAACUAUUUCUGCAAAAACAUCUCGGAGCAUAUCGAAAAAAUGGACAAAGUGGAUACCGUUGCAACGUACCUUUAUAACGAGUUGGUAGAAAUAACAAAGAAGAAGCUAAAGAAAAAUGUAAUACGCGUGGAUAACUUAUCAGCAGAGGGAUACCUGGGUGUAGGGGAGGAAUUCCUCAACGCCAUGAAUGAGUUGAUUCUGAAAUUGAAUCUUAAGUUUGGAUCAGAGGAAGGUACGAAGAGGCACAUUUCAAGUGGCACCGCCAGCGUAAGCACAAUUUCCAGUGGAAUGAAGGGAAGCAGAGGAGGAGGAAUAAUCAACACUGCAGUAGUAACAACCCCAACGGAAAAGAACACUGACAGUGAGCAUCCAGGAGGAAGUACUACGAAAGAUGUGAAUAUCCCAAAAGAAGAACAGAAGGAAAAAAGAGAAACCAACAAGUACAAUGUGUAUGACAAUGAAAACAUUGUCAAACUGUUAAGCAUGUUGAAGAGAAAAUUGAUUUCAAAAAUUCUUCUUCCAGAUAGUCAAAGUGAUAAGAGCAAAGCGAGAAAUAAAAAAAAUGUGAAAAAAAAAAAACAAGUUGAUAUUAAAUAUAUUUGUGAGAUUUUCAGAAGGGAAUAUAUUUUCCACGACAAACUUUUAAUCUUGACACAACAUAUAUUGGACAUUAAUAUUAGAACCAAUAUCUUCCUAUUUGUGUAUCUCUUUGCUGGAAAUUAUUUUUCUCUUAUAGAUUUGGAUUUUCUGCUUAACAAUAUCACCUACUUGAAUGACUACGUCUAUUAUAAUAAGGUUAAUGUGGAGGGGUCACUUUUCUUGGGAGUCGAUGGCUGCUCUUCAGCCAGUGCAACAGGGGUGGAAACGGCAAAAAGAACAACCAUCGAAAUGAAGAAGGCACAAAAAGAGGACCAGAAACUACUCAAGCAGGAAAAAACAACCACCGUUCUUCGAAGCCCUCAGGGGAAUGCCAAGAGCGAGGUACCAAUAGAAACACUAACCAACAGCAAUCAAAGUGGAAAUAAAAAAAAGAAAAAAAAAAACACACGAAAUAAUGGUGUAGUGGUCGAUGAUGAUGGUAGUGAUGAUGAAGAAGAUGACGAUAUGGAGGAAGAAGAAGACCUGGAUGACGAUGAAGGAAAGAAGAAAAAAAUAAUAAUAAAAAAUGCACAAGAUGAUGGGCCAGAAGAGGAUGUAUUAAUCAAUAUAAACAUUAGCAAAAUUAUUUACGUGCUUGUUCUCAUCAGUAAUAAAAAAAUAUUAGCUCAUCUGGUUGAAGAAAUAUCCCCUAGAUCACUCAGUCCCAAUUAUUUUCUCGAACUGAAUAAGAAAUACUACCAACUUGUGAACAUGGAUUAUUUUCAAAUUUUGAAGGAGAGCUGCGGAAAGGACUGGAGUGAGAAUUUCGAAAGGGACGUUGCUUUCCUGGACAGUCUCAACUUGGAUGAAAUUGUAAGUGAGGCGAUUACUUCUUCUGAUGGCAAUGGUGUAAACUUUGGCAGUACGGCCAUCUCUGGGGAGGUUUUCCAGGCAUUUGGCAAUGACAAGAAGAAGCAGGAAGCUGGAGAUAAGAAGUACGAUUUGGCACCAGGCAAAGGAGACUCUCUAAUUUUAGCAGACAUCGAGUUAGCCGUUAUGAACGAAAACGACCCCAUGCAUGAAAGGGCCCUGAGGAAGUACAUCCAUAUGCAUAACUUCAUAAAAUUUAAGUUGAACUUUAAUAUUGCCAUGAGGAAAAUUAACUACAUGAAGGAGAAGGAACCGACCACUUCCUUCUACGCCCUAGUAUUUAAAUAUAAUAGUGAGUUAAUAAGGAGCCUGCAUAGUAGACUCCCCCACGAGGCGACAAAGAUACGUUCACCUCCUCACCAAGCAGGCAUCGCAGAGUGUAAGACAAAGGAUCCAUUACCAGCAGGUGGUGUCCUCAACAGUGGUUGUAGCAAGGACCUCCAUGUCAGCAUUAAAGAUAUCCGAAGAAUGAAGGAAAUAUAUGACAAGUUCGCCUCAAGGAAUGCCAAGCCAAACCUAAUAAAGGAUAUUUACAGUAGGAACGUUGAAAUUAAUCAGCUACUAAUGAACACAUUCCUGGACAAGGGCAGUUGCUUGAAUCAACCCCCGAGUGGCACCACGAAAGGUGUACCUGGGAUCACGAAGAAAGGACAACAGCAUCUCGCCAAAACAGAUGCACUUAACAACACAAAAGAGGUGAAGAUAAAUCUUCCUAAGGUGGGUCCCAUUAAUGACGACUCACAGAGUGAUAUUCAAAUGGGAGGAGCAAGCAGCCCCUACGAUAAGAAAGGAUCAGCAUUAGCAGGAGGAGCAACGAUGCUCAAGAACAACUAUGCCUCCCUGUAUGACCAGUCGCCUUCCAACAGGAGUAGUAGCAAUUUGAAGAUUUCUGCUGCACAGGGCCAGACAAUCGACGGAGUUUCACCCACUAGUUAUGCCAACACUAAGGGAAAGAAAGCAACCAUGAUGGAGGGAGGAAAAAAUAUCUCGAACAGCGCGAAUGAAGUUGAUUCUUCGGCGGAGGACGCGAAAGGUGGAAAGGUAGUUCCGACAUCAGUUCCGACAUCGCCCACAGGUGCGUUACCAGGAAAGGAAGGCACAAUCAGUUUGGUGAGUGGCAUGGAUAGUAGCAUGAAUGUCAUUGCGAGCGCCUGUAAUGUACAAAGCGGAACGAGUAGCAACGCGGGUGCUCAUAUGAACAACACUCUACAACCGAAUAGUAGCACGAACAUGGCAGCACACACCAAGUUCGCCAAGAAGAGUAAAUUCAAAAGAAUUUACAAUAAAGACAUCCCAUACAUAUGCAACGAAGGAAAAACAUGGAUGGUUAUUUAUAAGCCAGCUUACUAUCACUGCUCCGCCUAUACAUCUCACAACAGAUACAACUUCCUCGUAAACAUUAACAAGUAUAGUGAUUACUUUUACAAUAUCUUAGAAAAAAUAUGUAUGAAGUGUAAAAUGAAAACCAAGUUUAUGUGUGCACCAUGUAAAGAAAUGGAAAAUAUUUGCAACAAGUGUGAAAAUAUUGUAGCUAGAUUUUGCAAGAAAUGUAAUUUAUUAAUAAAAAAGAACCGAGAUGUUUUAAAAAUUAUUAAUAGUAUAUCUUUGAAUGAUGUUAUAUAUAGUGGUCGUGUGGAAUCAUUUCAUCUCUACAUGAUGAAAUCAUUUCCUCAUUUGGAGACAGUUAAAAAAUGGCACAAGUUAGAAUGUGGGUUGUGUCAUCGUAUCGAUUUAGAAACAUCAGGUAGCUUGAUCAUAGCGAAAACGAAGGAUGCUCGAGAUUUCCUCUUCGAUCAAUUUAGGAAAAGAAAUGUAUACAAAGAAUAUUUAUUACUAUGCCAUGGAAGGAUUAAGAAGAAGAAAGGGUGUAUUAAUAAAUCUAUACAGACACAUGAGUACAAUAACUUCCACAGUAAGAGUCACUUUAGUUUGGUUGUGAAGACAGGUGGCACUGAUGCCUACACAGAGUACAACUGCGUUAAAGUUUUCAGACUUAAAAGGAAGAUUGAGGAUAUCGUGCAGGAAAUUCUGGAUGGAAAAUACAACUGCAACAGUACGGUGAAGAAGGAUAUUAACAAGGAAAUAUAUUGCAAUGAUUAUUACAAAUUUUUGGAUGAUGAGAAGAGGAACUUUGCCAAUGUUAUUCAACGUUUCUUUAUCCAACAGAUCACACCCUCCUCCGAUGGUGACGCGCAGGACAGUACAGAUCUGUUACCCAACGCGAAUGACGAUUAUCCAUAUGAAUAUCCCAUGUACGACGCACCGAUACUGGAAGGGAACGACAACGAUUCAUUCUUACAGAGGAGCAGCUGGAGAGUCGUCCUGAACUACCACUCCGACUCGCAGAUCGAGGAACUCAUAAAAGGGGAGAGAAAGAAGAAGGCAAGGAAGAGGGCUAACCAGAAUGAAAGAGGUAAAGGAGAUUCCACGCAGUGUCUUGAAAAGGAUGAGCAAGGAAAAGUAGCAACAGCCGCAGUCACAUCGGAAGACGAACGAAACAACACUCUGUCGAAAAGGGAGGCAUUACUAAAAAUUCUGAGCAUGCCCAAGGAGAACAGAAACAGUAAUAGGCAUAAUAAGUAUGAUAGCCGUUUAGGAUACCCUGCCAUGAAGAGAAAUGUGUGCCAUCACCUCUGCUUUAGAUGCAACUCGAUCUCGGAAGAAUAUUUCCAGACGGAUCCCAAAGAAGUAGAAAAUUACACCAAAGAAUUUACCCUCUGUAAUGUGAAGAUCCACACAGGUAGAACCCACCAAAUACGGGUUCAUAUGAGACAUAUAGGGCAUCCAUUAGUGGCAGACAAGAAGUACCUGAACCCGUCCCUCAGCAAUCUCGACAAGUACUGGUGCUUCAGAAUGUUUCUGCACUCCGUUAUCCUCGAGUUCAACAACCCCGACUACUACUUUUACAGCGUAAAUGAAGAUUUGAAAAAAAAGAAAAAAAUCUACGCAAGUGGGGGUGGUGCUGCUGUCACCUCCUCCAUGAGUGGUCCAAUUUACAAAAUUCCAGACAGAACUGUCAAGGCCAUAUGUCCACUCGCUAGCGACUUACAAACCGUGUUGGAUAACGAGCUCGAGGUGGCAGAAAGUUUGGAAGAUGAAAAUAGCUACGUCAACCGUAUCCUCAAAAUGAACAUUAAUGAUAAACGAAAUGAGGCCAUGAAGAUUUCCAGGCAAAGGACCACCACGGAGGAGCCAACCAAAGUGGAUACCGAUCCCAACUGGGAUACGAAGCUGACACCUACUCGUGGGGUGAGUGCGCCAACGGGGAAAGUGACCGAACAGGCCGGCAUGAAGAACGUAGCGGAAGAAACAUACCAAGAGGGAGACGACCCCAAUGAAUAUGACGAUUAUGAGGAGCUUGAUGAGUUCGGCGAAUUAGAGGAGGAUAAUGAUGAUGAUGAUGAUGAUGACAACUACGACGUCGAGGCGGAUCUGCAGAAGGAGAUGGAGGAAGGAGACCUGUCCGACGACAUAUCCGAUGAGGAGGACGACCAGGACGAUGAAGAAGUGGGAGAGGAAAGUGAAGUAGAUGUGGAAGAAGCGGAAAACGUUGCCAUCUAUAGUCCAAGGGAGAGCGCGGGUAGUGUGCACGAUACGCAUGCUGGGCAAGGUGUUCAGGAGGAGGCACAAGGGUCAAUCGAACUAGGGGUAGGGGAAAAAUCGCCUCUAAAGAAGAAGGGACCCAAGAGAGGACAAAGUGAGCCCCUCCUACCACAGCUUCUGCUACAGAAGGAGGAAAAGGAAGAUGACCCCCCUGUUGAUAGUAGCAAAAAGGUGUCCGGAAGGGCGAAGGAGUUUAAGGAGAAGAGAAAAUCAAGCACAGCGGGAGGGGUGAGUGUAGACGGUGCAUCAUAUUUAGAGUCAGACAAGGAAUGGGGUGAAGAGGAAAAGGAAGAUGAAGAAGAAGUUGACGAAGAAGAGGAGCAAGAGCACCCCCUCAGCGACGCAUCCCUGCUCUGUGGAAAUAAAAAAACGAUCUAUAAAUUGCACCAUAAUGAUAUUUUCUACACGAAAAGGGACUCUCCAAAGGGCGAAACAAACGAAGAAGAAACAACAAUGCAGAACAAUGGUGGUGAUAUGCACACAUUCACAAUGACAGAGGAGAAGCUCAACAAUGGCAUUGGUCAAACAAUGGACGACGACAUUAAGAGCAAGCUAAGAACAGAUUUUAUGUUCCUGCUCCACGAAGCCAAAGUAGUCAUUGAUAAUAUAAUAAGAAACAGCUUUAUUUACAAGACAUAUUUUUACUUUUCCAAACUGAGGAAAACUCUCUUUUACAUUUUAGGUGCAUUUGGAAAAGAUGCCUUGAAGAAGAAGAAGAGUUAUGUUGAACUGAAUUUAACGGAAGAGAUGUUUAAGGAGGUGGGAAAUAAAGUCCAGAGGAGAAUACCAGUGGAAUUCUUGUACGAGCUGAUUUUGUGUCUGUCCUACCUGUUUAAAAAUAAUUUGCACGUGAAGAAACAGAAUGGGGAUAUCGUUGUGUAUGCCCUGAAGCGCCAUUUGAAAUUUCCACAGUUGGAUAAUGGUGAUACGACAAACGAUGCCCCGGUAAAGAACGUUCCUUCGAAGAGCACCCCUAUGAAGAAUUCCUACACAUAUGACCAAGCGGAACAAACGAACGAAAGGAGAAGCAUCGUGAUGACCCACUUCCACAACAUUCUUUACAACCUAAACUACGCACUGAAACAAAAAGGAAUAAACACAUGCCAAAAACUCAAGAGCCAAAUUGUGGGUAGCACAAAAAGUGUUUAUUUAAAAAUCACAUGCAUUUUUACCAUCAUCAUGAAAAAGCUGAACGCUCAAGUGUAUCUCCGAGAAGAUUUCCACAUCAUGAAUUUCAUAAAGAAUAAAAAUAUGUUUCGGCUGAAUAGCGUUGAGCAAUUUUUUCUUUUAUACAAAUUUUACGAGGAGAAAAAGGAACUAACGGAACGUAGACUAGCCAGCGCCAGUAGCAUCAGUUGCAGCAGGAGAGGCAAGGUCGCCAAUACGAAGGUGAGAAACAGGGCUGUGGAAAAUGAUCUCAUGGAGAAAAUUAAGAAGAUAUUCUUUAAGGUCCAUAAGGAGAAGAGUAGAGACAAUAAGAACAUUUUACCUGAAGAAUAUGAGCAAGCCAACCAGGUAAAGGAAGUGGAGCAUUCAGAGAAACGACAAAAUGAACGGUUUCAUAACGCCUCUUACUACCCAGACAGGGGCGAAGUACCCUAUGUAUACAGGGAUGAAUAUGGCCAAAUUAGCAUAAACCAUGAAAUCACUCAGAAAAAUCAAGGCAUGAUUAGGAGUAACUCCCACAGUAGUGACGCCUGCAGGAGGAAAAGGAGCUUUGGUAUUACCGGGGAACACGAGCACGUUGAUCUGAGCACUGAACUCAGGAAGGAGCACUACCUCGAGGGUCGAAAGGGGAACCCCUUUAUGGGCAACUUCGAACCGUUCGACAACUUUGGUCCCUUCGACACCAUGGCUCACAUGCAAGCUCUGGAAGGAAAGCCACAAGGGGAAGGAAUGGAAGGCAUGCAAAGCAUAGAAAAUUUGCACCGUGUGCCGAAUAUGCAGGCCACACAGAAUGUAGGCACCUUGGCCAACAACAUGGCUAAUCUACCCUCCCUGCAGAGGUGCCGAAACGAGAACAGAGAUGACUUGGCAAACUUGGAGUACAUGUUGCGCCUGGAGGAAGAGCGGGGUGCCAGGUAUGAUGGUAUUUCUCCCUUCGAUGAGGAAAGCAAACUAGCUAGCGAACUUUUAAAAAAAAGCAACUACAACAGAUUGGUUGGCAGUAGUGGUCACCUCCCUUUGGAUCCACACACUCAGCACGGGCAACAGACACAACAUAUCCCGCUUAAUCAACACAGUACCUACCUGCUCAGUGCAGACGAUUCCCUAAAGGGUAAUUUCGAUGUGAUGAAAAGUUUGGAUAAAGAAGCCCCCCAUGAAGCGCACCAGAUGAUGAUCAUGGGCAAGGAGGGCGGCAACAGCAACAGUAAUAUUAGUAGUAACAUGAAGAGCAAUCGACAGUAUGAGAUUCCCGCGAACAAUCAUGUACCAGAAUUCUGCAGAAACAUGCCCCCGAGCGGUUUAGUGAACAAGGGGUACCCACACCAGGGAGGAGCCAUUCCAUUUGUGGAGGCGGCAGAUGGGGACAAGAAUCAGAGAGAGAAGAAAACGGCGUUCUUUAGCUUUGGAGAAAGUAGGAACAUGUUUAACCAUGGAGGUGCAAGUCAUCAAGAGUCGUACGUGGGAAGUGGAGGCUACAGGAAGGGAGGUACAACUGGUGUAGAAGGAGUAGAGGGGGUAGGAAGAGUUGGGCGAGACCUGGUACCCGCCGGGGAGGAAGGAAAGUAUGGCCUGAAAGGAAGUGGGGCCGGGGUUUACGGAAUGGAGCAAGCGGAUGGCACGGAUCGCAUGCACGCGAUGGACCUAAUGCGUCGAGCAGACCACCUAACCCACGUGGAGGAGCAGGACGAUGAAGAAGAGGAAGAAAACGGGUACAAUAACUUCAUCAAGGAAAUCGAAAGGAUAAAAAUGGAAACGAACAAAUGUCAGGAGAAUUACGAAAAGGAAAUGAUCGAAAUAAAAAAAAAAAAGAAUGAAAUAAAAUAUAUAAAAGAAACAAAAAGAGAUGAAGAAAUAAAUCAAAAGUUUGCAGACGCUAGUAUAGCCAAUUUUACUCUCCUCUUACUAAACGCCUUUCAACUCUAUGGGCUAAGCAUGGUAAUCAAAUUGCUUGUGUAUGAAAACGAUAUGGUUCUCCCACAAUUCAAAGAAAAUAUGAAGCAAGACGACACCACAACGAACAUUGAAUUCUUCAUUAACAUCUCUGUUGACAAAAUUUUUGAAUACCUAUUGUUGAAAAACAUUUUGAGUAAUGUCAAUAUAAAAAGGUUAAAGGAAAAGUUCAUUCAAGGACAGAGUGCAUUUGAGGCCAUUAGAAAUGAUGCCAAUAUUCUGAUAAAGGAAAAUAUAAAGGAACAUAACUUUAUCUACAUUUUAUAUAAAGACAGAUCUCGUAUGUUUGAUGUGUACGAAAGGAAGAAAACGAUCUACAACUUUUUGAUCACCCUGAUUGAUAAGGUCCUUCAGAAAUAUAUCAUCAAUGAAUAUGUUAUGAUAAGGCGCAAUGAAAUUUAUGAGAAAAUGCUUAGGAUGCUCAACCGUAGUAGUGAAAUUGUAAACAAUAAGGAGAGACGUCAACCUUCUAUACACUUUGGUGAGAAUGCAGGUAAUGCCGGAACGACUGAUUAUGGUUUCGUUGGCCCAGAGCAAUUCCGCCUUGAGAAGGGAGCAAUCAAUAUGGGGGGAGGCGUUACCGCUGUUAGGGAAAUUAACCCAGUAGAUGGUGUGUUUAGUGGUUCCUUCAGCGGAGGAAUGGGCCUACAAGACCCAUCGACCCACAGGAGAGAAUUCCACAACGGAGGAAAUAACAACGGCAGCUACAUGAACUUUAACCAGGAGAGGCGAAGCAAUCUCCAUGAACAGAAAAUCUUAAAGGAGGUGGGCCAUUUCCCCGGCAUGGCCUACCCGGGUAUGCACGACCACCUAAAAGGAGCACCAGUAGCAGGGGCCAACCCUUACGUCAGCAGUAACAACAACAGCAACACUAGUGACAUCACCAACAUGAACAAAUUUCAUGAACUCUAUGGAAAGGUUAAUUACAGUGCGGAAGUGGAUAUUAGAAGCGGCAUAGACGGAAGGAUCGGAAUGGAUGAUCAAGUAAACCUGGACGGCAGAGUUGCUGUGAACAACCGGAGCGGUAUCCCUGGAGGAGGAAGCAGCCCCCCUAUCGAUAAAGCCAAGAUCCUGAAGAACAGCUCCUACAACGACGCGAAUGCGAUGCAGGUGAAGAAUAAGUAUGGAAACGGUCAUCUCUACGGGGCCCGAAAUUACAAAAGUAACUCGUUCAGCACGAACAACCUGAAUCUGCUUCAUCUCCAGAGCAACCAGUUAGCGACCCCAGGGAAAGGCACUGGACAUAGCGGCAGCCAUGGAGCAGGUAGCAACGACAGAAGUAGUCACAGUGGAAUACAUGUAGGAAGUCACUCCCACCUCAAUUACAGUUGCUCCCACGAGGAAUCACUCAACCAUUUGGUGAAGGCCCCAUCAAACGAAAAAAAUUUAAAAGAAAUAAACGGCACCACGAACUUGAACAGAGGAAAUUACGAUAGCGAUCAAUUCGAGCACUUUUACAGCGGAGGUGCGAACAGCAGAAUGUUGAAUUCAUAUGACGACAUGGGAAAAAAGGCUACGCAAAAGAAAGGCGAAAAUGAGCACCCCCUCCUCGGUCCUCCCCCCAACUACACAAGCAACAUGAACAGCAUGACCAACCAUAACAACAUGACGAACAUUAACAAUAUGAAUAGUGUGAACAGCCUAAGUAAUAGUGUUGGCAAGUCGCACGCGCGAAGCGGCCAAGGCGGAAAGGCAACGAACAUGUCCUUCUUGGACAAUUUCAGAACAUCUAUACAACAUUUCAUAAACAAUAAGAAUGAUAAGGAGGAGUUCGACAAGGAGCAGGACAAGAAUAAAAAAAGAACCCUCGAGCAGAAACACAUCAUGCGAAUGAAGGACUGUAGCAAUACUGAGGAAAAUGAGAGCAUUCAAAAAAUGAAUAACUUUUAUGAAAAUAUUUUGAGCACCACUUUUGAACAUAAGGUUGGCAGUGGGUUGGGUCAAAAGGAGGAGCUGAACAUGGAACCCCCUAACAUUCUGCAUGAAAGGAAUCGCGAAGAAGACUUGGACGGUUACGAAAGGAAGAAGCAGAAGGCCCGGGAAAAGAAGAAGAAGAAAAAGGAUGGAAAUGUAGGCGGUGGAGGUAACCACAGUGGAAAGGGCCAUGCGGAUGAGCAUGCUGAUGAUGAGGGUGCCUACAAGUUAGAGGGAAACGACGCAUCGCGCACAAAAUUGAAUGCUUACCCACAAAGCUUUGGAAAUACCGUCGCGGAGAUCUUUUGCAAAAAUAAUAUGAGUAGAGCUAACGAGGAAAAGGAAGAACAGGUCGCCAUAAAUGAUGCUGCUAGUUACGACGCCGCGAGUUAUGAUGCUGCUAGUUAUGAGGCCCCGAGCUACCACACUGAGUGCACAAAUAGGAGUGGUAAUCAUCUCAAUGCCCCCCUCAUGGAGGAAAAUGCCUACAUGAACGAAAACCUAGAAAUGAAGUAUAGAGCAUUAUUUGCCAACGUAACGGACAACUUCAUUCACCACAACAACAUGAUAAAUAAAAAAAGCAACACGCAAAUGUCCCAGGAUUAUAAGGAUAUGCUUAACAACACAAUACCGAGAGGGAAUCAAAUGGAAACUAAACGACUAUCCCAAGAUUUUCGAAUGAAUACCAAUAAUUCCGUUGCGAACUACAUGAAUGAACUUGUCUCUCCCCCACCUCCCACCUCGUCUUCCUCCUACAAUAACAACAAUUUGAACCGCAUGGAAAAAGGCGCACCUGAUAUGGAACUCCUGAAUAACAGCACCCCAAACCCAUUGUUAUUUAAGAGGAUGAGGGAUUUGGGAUCCAUGAGUGGUGAUCUCCCCAUUGGGCAUUACCUGAACGACAACAAUCAGGGGGGACAAAAUGUACCUAACAUCAAGUACCAAAAUGCACUAAAGAAUAAUUUCCCUUGCGGAGGAGGUGAACCCACGAAGAGCAUGAGCGAAUCUAACAUCGUGAAUAUGAUGGGGGAUUUAAAUAACAAGGACCUAUUUAAACCAAUGAACAUCAAUGGUGCAGGAAGUGCAAGUCACCUGGUAGCGGAUGGUUUUUUUCCCGAGGGUAACACACACGGGAUGAUGAUGGGCAUGCAAAAUGGGAUCAGGAGGAACGUGCCGACCAAGUACAACCUGCUGGGGGCGGAAGGAACUGGCAAAGCGGUCGAUCCGCGUAACAGUAGCAAUGUCGUCAUGGACAAUAUCGGCAUGAACAAUGUCAAUGGUAAUCAUGUCGGUGGAACCCUCAGCAGUGGAAGUGUGAGAGGUCUCGCUCAUCUGCACCCCUCGAAUAGCUACAGCAAUCUCUAUGACGCCAAGAUGAAUUCCGUCUUUUUGAGGAAAUAUGACCACGAGAACUCGUUUUUCAACCUGGAGGAGGGGAAGGAAGAGCCCAACAACAACGGAAACAGGCCGAGAAGCAAAGCCAACAUCAUUCCUCCAAGCGACUUGAUGAGCAACACCAGUGGAACCCAUGUCCCCAUGAACAUGCACCCUGCAGAAGAGCGAAGCAAGCACAUGAUUUUUUUAAACAAUGGGUAUGAUAUAAUAAAUCCAAACAACGCGAGAAGCCCCAAUACUGAUCUGCCAAAUGGGAAGCCCCCUCACACGUACGGAGAAGGGAAGAGCAUGUUCAGAGAGGAAACGUCUAUGAAUAGCGGAAACGUAAGCAGUAAUGCAGGCGGCAAUAACCUAGUAAUGCAGUUUAGCAACCCCCUUGGCUCCAGCUAUUUCAACAAAACGUAUGCCAAUGUAGAGGUGGCUAACAAAUUUAAAGAUUUCGACGAGAGGCAACAGAAUUUGAUUUACAGCUUGAUGAAGAAGAAUGCAGAUCAGGAAGGCAUCAUCAACACCAGCGUCGCCAUUGGGGACCAUAAGGAGCGUAAGGGUAGCAAUAAUAAUACGGAGGUUAGGAGCAAAGGCAGAGGAGGAGGGGAGAGCUCUUCUGUGGAGGCAGAAAUUCGGGAUCGAAUCACGAGCGGCAAGGUGCACGUCUCCGGGGGGAGGAAGCAAGCCAGUACGAACAAGCACACAGAUGAAGUAAAGCAAGGCGUUAGCAGUACCACUAAAGAACACUUGGCAAGCUACCCAAAUGUUACAAAAAGUAAUGCAAGGGGAAAGGAAAUAAAACGCGAACAGCUGAAAUUGGGUAACAGGGCGAUGAAGAACAUGAGUCCUCCCACUUCUAAAGAUAUAAACAGGAGUGGUAGUCCACAUGUGCAAGGAAACAACAUGAACUUUGACUUCAAUAGCUUGGCAAUGUAUAUGAAUAAUGCACAGGUGAAGUCGAGUGGGAGAAAGGGUGCAAUGCCAUCAGAGGAGGAGCAGAACCAUACCGUUCGAAGUGGAAGCACCCUUUUAGGAGGACUACCAUUUCUCCGCUUUAGUAACCGUGCUCACACUGAGGAAGGAUACGCCAACACAAAAGAUUUUGAUAAUAACAAGAACAACUGUGGUAAUAGGGGAGAUCUAUAUGAAGCAGAAUUGCCCACCGAAGGAGUUUUAGAAAUGAGCCCAGGCGAUGAGGCAAGUUCUCCAAACAGCAGCGGCUUGCACCCACUACCCCUUGAUGACAGUUCGAUAAAAAUUAAGGAUAAUAAAAUGGCACUGUCCGGAAACAGUAAUAGUGGCACCGAAUCGAAUACACCAAAGAAGAGCGUCGACGCAGCCUCACAGAAAAUCACAAAUCAGGAGCAAACAUCCAAGGGAAAUGCGCCAUCCAACAAUGCUAAGGCCUCUGGCGGAAAGGGCAAAGGAAAUAAGAGUAAGGGCGCGGGCAAGGGGAACAAGAACAGCGGGGGUCGCAAGAACGAUAAGAACGACAAGAACGUCAAGUAA